CCGGAAGUGUUACCUGUGCUCUGGAUGUGUCCCUGCUGAACUAAUGUUGUAUUGUUGCUGCUGUGAAGACAGGACUGUAAAGAUAAAACUUUGCACAAGUCUACCAUGAACAAACUUGUGGUAGCGGUAACGAUCCUGGUGGCUACUUUGAUUGUCUUAGAGCAGAGUUUUGCCAUCAAAUGUUUUGUCUGUAAUUCAUUUCACCAAGCUGAUUGUGCAGAUUGGUUUGACAAUGUCACACAACAUUUAGUCAACUGUGACUCUUGGCAACACAAGUGCAGAAAAAUUGUUCAAGAAGUUUGGUUGGAAGACCACUGGGAUGUACGCUACCUUCGCCAGUGUGCAGCUGGUGGCAAAAUUGGUCGAUAUGAAGGCAGAGAGUGUCAAGAAGUCUAUGGAACAUACAACAUUCGGGUUCGAUAUUGUCAUUGUGAUAACCAGGAUGGCUGUAACAGUGCACCUCAUACAAAAUCCCAAAUUUCAUUUGUAGUUCCAUUAUUAUUAAUAUUUUGCACAUUAAUUUUAAGGCAUAUUCGAUGAAUGAUGUGACAGUAUGUUUGUGUGGUUUAACCUCUUUAGGCAUGUGUGCACUUGUGUGGGCAGCAUAGAAAGGAUUGUGUUGUUUUUAUAGUAAAUUUUUAUGCGCAUUACUUCACAAUUAAAAAUAAAGGUGUUUUAGUUGUAGGCCUAUUUUUUCUUAAAUAAAAUAAUUUAGUUUUUGGGUUAUUUAUUACAAAGGUUUAGAGGAUUGUUAAACAGGGCUCUUUUGAAAUAUAAUCCUUUAAAUUUGAUUCCUCUGAGUUUUAAAGAAAAGGGGGUAUGUUAUUGAUUUAAUGCACAGAUUAAUCAUCUUUGAAGAGCUUAUAGAUUUGUAAUUUUUUGAACUAUUAGAUUCAUUAAAUGAACUGUUUAUGUUUUGAUUUAGCCAAUAAGAUUCUGAUGUAUGAGAAUGUAAACAUUUCCUAUAUUCUUUGAUUAUGUCAAGCUGUGGUCUAGUUUAAACUAUACUGACAUUAAGACUUUGAGUGUUAAUAGAUACCAUUUGCAUUCCCGUUUGUUUCUGUUCAUUGUGUCAACUAACUUGACUGCUUUGAUAUUCCCUUAAAUUCAUUAGUAAAUCACUAUAGCAGGAAAAUGAUGAAAUAUAUCAAAGUGCUCACUGUACAUUAUCUAUGACAAUAUUUUUUGUACAUAAUUUUUCUGUUAAUUGUGAUGAUCAAAAAUAGUUUUGAAAAUGCUGUUUUCUGAUAGAAAAAAAAAAGAAUGGAUGUUUGAAGGUUGUGUUUUUUUUGUGUCCAUGCUUCUUUAAGAACAAAUGUACUGUAAAUGAGAGAUAGAUACAAUGUAUAUACUCAUUUUGAUAUUUAAACAUUUGUCCUGAUGGUACUAUCUUCAUAUUGUUUCUAAACAUGCUAGGAUCUGAUCUUCUUUUGUUAUUGGGGUUCUUUUAUGUUUUUUUUUUUUUAUUUUGUUUGUUUAUGAAAAUAUUGCCAUCCUUUUGCUAAAUAGUAAAAGUAGUUGAUAAGUUGAGUUCUUUUAAAUUUUCAUUGCAUAAACAAAUCUUGCUGUAUUUGUUUUCUCAUUCAGUGACCAAGUCUUUACAAUUUUUUUAAUGCAAAUUACAUUCAUUCAUCCUUUUCACCAUUUACUGUUGCUUUACAUACAUAAUGUUGUCCAUUCCAUUAUACUCUAUACUUAUAGAUUCUUUAUUAAACCAUUUUGUACAAGUACCUUUUUUUUUUAUUGGAGAUAUCUUGUAAAUAUGUUUUAUUAAUGUGGCCUUAAAAUAAAAGAACAGGUUGUAGUCUCCGCUGCUGCAUGACAUUAAUAGAAAAUUGAGAAGUAUAGAACACUCAUUUUACACACGACAGUUCUGUGUUGGCUAAUGAAAAUUAACUUGCGACCAAGUGCUGUAGCCUCGUAAGAAGAAAAUAGUAUUUUCCUCCUUUACUAAGUCAUCAUACACAACUCUACCUAACUUUGUAAAGUUACUCUGGUGUUGUGAUGGCUAUGCAUCCAAUAUUAUGUCGUAAGUAGAUUGUUGACUUUUUUUACUUGCCUUUAUAGACAGCAUUUCUAAACAUGUGAAGAGAUCACAAAUGGUUUGCUUACUGGUUUUCUACAAUUAAAAUGUUCAACUCAUGUAAGUCUACACUGUAGGUUUACCAAUCAAUACCAUUAUUGCCAAUGGUAUGUCUGCAAAAUAAAGCAAGUGGUCAACGGUUAUUAACAGAUAGAAAAAGCUUUUUUAAGAAUACAAAAAUGUUUAGACAUUAUUGCAUAUUAUGUACAGUUUUUACAAAAUAGCAUUGUACCUAGUUAUCUUCUCCCUUUCUUGGAGUCUCUUUUCAGUGGUUAGAUUAUUGCCAGAGUUAAUAUAUGGCAAUUGAUUUAAACUGUUAAGUCAUAUGUUUUUGAUUGCCUCUGUGGCCAACAUAUUUAAGCCAAAUAAUUGGCAAUAUGUUUCUGUUUGACAAUAAGCAAAAAAAAAAAAAAGACAUUUUCAAAAAAUGUGUUUCUGUUCUUGAUGCUCAUGUAAACAUUCCAAAACUAUUACACUAGUUACAUUUUUUUUUAAAUAAAAAAAUACUAUUUUAAUAAAACAAAAUGAGCA